CCUGCCACUCGACACCCACUGGUUAUUCCAAUGUGAGCGAGCUUGCUGCGGCCUGUGUUGCUGCUCAGUUUGGCCACAACGACUUGUGCAUCUAUUUUGGUAUCUUCUGAGCUCGCUACCAGGACCCUGGCCACACCAAUGCAUUUGAACAUGGAUCCGAGGGCUUGACUCACCUUGUCUAGAUUGGUUGCCGGUUACACUCAGCAUGAAAGACCCAUCAGCAAGGAAGUUUACAUAUCCCACCACUUACCUAAUGUCAACCUGAGCUGGAAGAAAGCCAAAGGAUCUGUGGGGCUGCAGCAGCUGUAGAGGAGGCAAGACAGGUGAUGCACGAGACAGAAAGAAAGUUGUUGACAUCAUGAACUGUGUGGAAAAGCGACACAUGAGCCAUCGGGUGGGGAGCAUGCUCCACCAUCGCUUCCCCAACGGCUUCGCUGACUUGUUAAUGGACGAAACUGAUCGCGAGGUCAGCACUCUCACAGAUCGAGCCUUCCGAAGUCUCUGCGUUGGAGAUGACGCAGUUUACAAUGAUGAGUUCUUGUAUGGAUACUCACCUUUCAGCUGCCACAAACCUUUGGUGGGGGAGCCUCUUAAAAAGACUCAUCAUAAGGAAUCUAAAAAGCAAGGGCAAAACAAAAAUGACAAAAAUUAUGCCCAGCCGUGGAAACAGCAGCAACAGAAGAACAUAUCCCAGAUGUCAUCUUUCCUCAAGGCAUUAAGUGCCACAGAGGAAAGCUGCGAGGGCAUGUUAAUCACAAAUGGAUGUAUGACAGACUCUAAGGGGGAAUCAUGGGAUAAGUCCGCACUACGCAGCAUCCAAAGAGAGCUAUCGGAAUUCUCCUCGGAUUAUAACACCAAUCUCACAGAUGGACAUUACAACAACCAUCAUCGACAUAAGUCCAGUGAUGGUUCAUCAAACAAAACACGCAAAGAUGUUGCCCUUCCCUCAGGGAAGUCCUCAAAGAUUAAAAAUGGGAAAUCCACUGUCAAACUAAGGAAACUAAACAUCAAAAACUUUUUCCUCCACAGUGAGUUUAGCCCUUUCCAAACAUGGAGAGAUUUUAACCAGUUCCCUUUUGGCCAAGAGGACACAGUUCUUACCACAGAUAAUAUCCCUAAAUGGUAUGACAUGUCUUUUUACAAGGAGCUGACAGAGGCACACAAAAAAGAGACUCUGCAUAUAGAGGAGCUGCAGUUGUGCCAGAAAGCUGCAGUGGAGCCCCCUCCUCCCACUGCUCCUAAAACUAUCCCUCCCCCUCCUCCGCCGAAGGUCCUGCCAAAGCCCUCAGUUACUCCUGCUGAGAAGAGGUGCUCAUCAGAUGGAGGGGACGGGAGGGCUGCCCCCUGGCGGCGCAACAGGUCCAGGGCAAAAAGUGUGAUUCCAGUCAAUCAGCCUGGGAUUCGUCCUCGGGUUACAAGUUCAAAGGCAGUGGAUGAAAGUCUUUUGUUGGGCAAAAAAGAAGCCAGAUCUGUGGAGGUGAAAGCAGUUGAGGAAAUCAGCUCUUUGGCGUCUACUCCAUUCAGCAUCUGCCACCUGAUGACUCCCCUCAUUCCCUCUAGACAGCCGACAGAAACAUCCGAAAUUCUCCAGGCCGUCCUCUCGCCCUCUGCCCUUGACCUUUCACUAAGGCCACACUCUGAAGCCAAACUGACCCCUGAACCUCCAGUCAAGCGGGACAGCUACAAAUCACUUGCCUCUAGCAUCCUCUUCAACCUCAAAGACAACAGGAAAAGGGUGAAAAGCCGUUACAGUCCACCUAAAUUCAAAACUUCAGAAGCUCCUGAGGGUGGCACCCUUUCUCCACAAUCAGAUUAUCUGAAAUAUCCACAAGCUGGCUCUGAGGGCAAUGAGUCUGGCUUCAACACUCCUGCCAUUUUAAAAGAUGGACAGACAGUUUGCAGUCCUGUUUUGGAAUCUAACAGCACCCCAACAGUUGGUCUUACUAAGCAUGAUACUGACAGACCUCUUUCAGAUGAUUAUUUGUUAUCAAAUCUACUGCAAACCAAAAGGGAGGCUACAGGUAACAGUGGUCUUGGUGAGGAGGUCUCCCCUUUUGUACACUUAAAAAAGACCAAGAGUCAAACAGCUAAAAAGCAAAACUACCCCUCUCUAAAUUUGUACAAGAAAGCCAGCCCUGUUGACAGUGAUAUGAAAUAUCCUGUGAGCACCGGUGCUCCUAUACACACAGACCAACCAACUGAGACAAAUAAAGUUUCACCGCUCAUACUAAACAAAGAACUCUCUCCAAAAGCACUGCCAACAACCACAGGGCUUUCACCAAAUACUUUAAAUGUCAACAAAGAUCAUUCACCCCGUGCACUUGAGAAAGAGGGGUCUUCAUCACAUGUGCCAGUAGGGAAAAGACCACCAAAUGUAACAGACAAAGCAAAACGACCUACGAAAGACAUAAAAGAAAAAGACUUUGGAGCACAGCCUGUUAGUUCUAAGGGAAAAGAUACUAGUGGCCAACCCAUAAGUACACUGAAUGUGAUCAGAGCAGCAAGGGAAGCAAUUACAGCAGCCAAAAAUAAAGCUCUAUCUUCAGCUCAGUCAGAUAGCAUCAAUAAGCCCAUUUCAGACAUAGAAGAACUGAAAGACAAAGAAAUAGAUAAGAAGAUUUACAAUGUUUCAUCUCAAAGUAGAAAUGAAACAACCAGUGCAACACCGGUUGGCAAAAAAGACAAUGUUAAAAAAGAGCCCCCACCAGUUCCCAAGAGAAGCUUUGCUAAAUCUGAUGUUCCACACUCUCUUGACAAGCAGCAAACACAUAAUGUUGACAAAGUCACUAAUGGUGAUUCAGGGGAUGUAAAACUAGAGCCACCAAAAGAAAAUGAAUCUGUCCAGAAACAGGGUAAACUCAAACACAUAUUCUCAGCCAGACAGAAUAAUUAUAUAAAAUGUCAGAGAUAUGUAGAGACAGGCGAUGAACAUGGAGAGGAGUUUGAGGAAGGCGAUCUGAAAGUGAACCCAAGAAUGGAGGCCGAUGAGGAGGUGAAGUCACUCAGAGAAAUGAGAGACAGUGAGCACAUAAUUAAUGAUUUGCAUGCUUUGAAAGAGCUAGAGAGAGCAAGACUUGGCGAUUGUAUUCCUGAGAACUCGAAGAACAAAUUAGGUGUUUUGGACAUAGAUGAGGAGACGAGGGCUAAGAAUGAUUUGAUCUCGAGGGAGCUAAGGAAUAUUAAGAAGGGAAUGCUGUCUAUGCGAGGGAACACAUGGGCUAAGAGAGAACUAUUUGCUAAUAAAGAGAAGGAGAAGAGCAAGCAGGAGGCUUUCACAAAAAUUGACAGUAAUGUCAUAGUAAACAAAGCGCUUAUAAAUGACAAUUAUGACAAAGCCAAAAUGGCACUUGAAGAGAUCAUCUCAGAAAGGCAGAUGAGAAAGAAUAAAUUCACAGAGGAUGAUGCAAAUCCAAUAUUUGAUGAGAAUGCUAGUGAUGAAAGUUAUGUAAGGGUACAGCAACGUAAAAAAGCUAUGAAAGAUUCUAUGACAGAGGCCAAGGAAAAACAAAAUGGCGGCACUAAUACACUAAAAGAGAAAGAUUUAAAAGAGAGGUUAGGUGAUCUGAGAGACCACAAUCACUUGAGAGAGAUUCUGUCGCAAACUGAACCUAGACUUAGCGAGAAAUACAGAUCAGGUGAAAGGACAGUGCUACCCGGCAUGGACAAGAUUGGCAAUGAGCUAAACGUGCUCCUGAAAACUAAAGCUAAACAUGUUAAUGAUAAACUAACUGAUAAACCUAGCUAUGGACCAGAAGCGGUGAAUUUGAGACCUAUGGUGAGACAUAUAUCUGAAGAGAGCAGAGAAAAUCUGAUUAACCAAAAUGAAGGCAAGACGGGAGAUGCUCCUCCUGUUCCUCCUAGGAGCAAAAAGGGAGGGACUAUAGGAGAUGGAAGUGUUACUAAAGAGACAGAUAGUUUGAAAGAUGUAGUAAAGGAGGAUAUCUUUAACAAAGCUGGACAUUUUGAAAAUGGUGAGGUACACUUAAAAGAAAUGAGUCGUACAGGCUCAGAAAAGCAAGAAGCAUAUAGUGACCUGUCCAUAAUAGAAGCCAUGCCUGAUCAAACCAGUUCUGAUAAAGAGAGGUGCGAUGUGGUACAAAAAGCAAAUUCAAAAUCCAUUACUGUAACUGAUACAGUAAAAUGUAAGUCCAUUUCACCUUUAAAAUCCCCACAAUCUGAAAGUACAUUGUGUUUAUCACCAGAGUUUAGAGGAAAUGAAAAUAAGGCAAAUAACUUGAAAGCAGAUAUCAGCCCCACAAGGGAAGUCACGUUUGAAAACAGCAAUUCCAGGGCACAGGAAACAAACAAGGUGAAGCGGAAGGCUCCUUUAAAACCAGACCAUUUAAACACACCAGAUGAAAAUGUAACUGGUGAGGAAAUAAAUGUGGAUGCGGAGGCUCUCAGUGAAAUCCCCAGGCAUAUAAUAUCACCCUUACUAUUGGUAAAUGGUAUAAGCAUCAAUCAGAGCCCACCUGAUCAAGCCAGCCUGUCCUCAAAAUCAUCAUACUUCUCUGUAGAGAGUGCACUGCACAGAAAUACUGAGACAGAGUCAAAUGUUUACCACUCUCUGGAGAACCUGAUUGGAGAGGUGGAGGAGACUGAUGAGGUGACAUGGAAUAUUUCACAAAACACAAAAGAGGAUUUGGACAGGACAGAAGUGGAAUAUUAUUCUUUAAGUGAUCAUGAAAGUGAGCCGGAGGUUGUAAAGCGACUGGUAAAAUCUCCUCAAAAAGAAACAGAAGUACCGUACAAGGACAGCAAAGAAAGAGAAAAUAGCACCACAGAUCAAAGCUUAACUUAUGAUGAACAUAAUCAGACACCAAUGUCACCCUCUAACAUGUUCUCACAAACUAUGGGGAUCCCUGCCCUAUUUAAGGUCAAAGACAACACUUUCAGUAAUAAGUUGAAGAAGACCGUACAACCUUGGUCACCAAGAGGGGGUGUGAGUGCUUCAGAGAGGGGACUGAAGGAGUUAGAAGAAGGAAAGGAGAAUGCAGAGCUCCUUCCGACUAAUGAACCUGCCACCAGUGGUAGCACACCAAUCCAAGAUGAAAUCUUCAAACCUAAAGAGAUUUCAUCAAACAGUUCACCUACCCUGCUGCUGCUGUCUACUUCAAAUCUGCCAAGUGAAAACCCAAAGAAACCACAAGUUGGAGGGUUCCUUACUGUUCCGCAGGAGGAAGACAGAUUGUCUGGGUUGAGUCCGUCAUCUGAAGGCAUGGAGAGCUUAACAACAAGCACAGCUGACACAGCUGAUGAGAUGGGAAUAAAUGCUGGAAUGCUGCUUGAGCAUGAAGUGUCAAAGGUUCCCAGUGAACAUUCGGGGUCCACCUGUAGUGGUAAUGAAAGCCAAACAGGACUGCCCAAACCACCGGCUGUCUUACCCAAAUCUGAAAAGGCUGUCCUCAAAGCCAUUAAGCUGGCAAAUAGGAGGAUGAAGAAAGAGGAGGCCCAGAAGUCCCCCCACAAGUCGUCUCAAAGCAGCAGCAAACACAGAGUGGAUAGACACAAGAGUGACAAAGCUGAGCACAGAAGCAGCAGCAGUAGAAACAGCAAGAGCAACGAGAAAAAACACAGAGAAAAGAUUGAAGAUGGUCAUCGUCACAGUGAAAGUCACCAUGGCAAAAACAGUGAUGAUCGGAUUGAGCAACUACUCCAUGAAAUAAGAGGCCACAACAGUGAAAACCACCUCCAGGACAGAACAGACAUGAGCCACAAGACUCGGAGACAGAGCCAUGAUUCAGUGGAAAGCAAUAAACCGAACAAUGAGGCACUACCCAGUGUUGCAACAGAAAGGCAAGGCCGCAGCAGCAACAGACAUGUUCGAGAUAAGCCACAGCAAAGACACUACAGUAGUGAUAGGGUCAUCAGUAAUGUGCCAGUGUACAAAGCUCACGUCGGCGAGAGACCCACAUCGGACAGGCCGAUCCACCGAUCACAAAGCAUUGAUAGGUACUUAGGAGAUAAAGUGGAGCGCAGGCUCAGCGCCGAUACGUUGGUCAAUGAGAAACUUGAUCCAAGGACACAGCGCAUUGAGAAGUCCAUCAUGGACGAGCUCCAGCAGAGAGGCCGAGCCAGAGACAAGGCGAGCAGAGACAACCCAUUGAGAAGGAGUCACAGUAUUGAUGCGUACAGCUCUGAAGUACCUCACCCAUCAACCCUAUCCCGCCAGUCAAGCCAAACCAGCCAGCUUUCUCGCCAGUCCAGUAUUGAGCAUGCCAUUGUUACACAGUCCUUUCCCAUGACCCAACGAAAGCUCCUGCAGGAUCCAGACUCUGGGCAGUACUUCUUUGUAGAUAUGCCCAUACAAGUCAAGACAAAAACUUUCUUUGAUCCUGAAACAGGGAGUUAUGUGCAGUUGCCAGUCCAGCCGCCAGAGGGUGCCGUUCCUCAGGCAUCCCCCUUGGAGGUUUUGACCCCACCUCUGGUUGUUUACCACAGCUUUGUCCCGGUGCCUCUGUCUCCCAUGGCUCAGAGUGCUUCCAUCCAAGCCCCUCAUAUGACGCCAGAGGAGUUUGAGAAAAGAAACCUGGAAAGGUCGAGGCAAAUGCACUGCAAGGAGAGACAUCCAUAUUUAGAGCCUGUGUGUGGUCAACAUGACCACAUGUUAGGAGAGUUUCUAGGCACUGAGGAGCUGGACUGUCCAAGCUGAUAGGCCAUGCGGUUUAAAAGGAAAAAUCCCCCCUCCGCUUAUGCUGUUUGAUAUCACCAAAUGGUGGUGGUCAUUGCAUUCCAGGGAUUAUUUUGUGAUCAAGUGUUGGAAGUUCUUGUUUUGGUGUUUCCACCUUCACGCUACGUAGUCUACUUUUACUCUAGUUAGUGACUUCCUACAUGUGGCACAGGGAUUUUAAGCGAGCAGCAUUUCAUUGAUGAAUUCUCCUUGUUUGAUUGUUGAAUGCUGGUACAAGAUGGCAACUCUAGAACAAAGCCCUUGAACUUCUUCUACUGUUUUACACCAUUGUAGCUGCGAUGGAGAUAUUUCAAAGUGAUGUUUGGCCUAUUAUACACAGAAUAAGAAAAAUACACCAUGAGCAACUAAAUGGACCCAGAAAUGCAAGGUACAUCGCCAAUAUGCAUUUAAUUUUGAACAGUGUUAAAGUGUUUCCGGGUGGAUUUUUCCUUCAAGGUUAAGGGUCUGAUCCUUGUAUUGCUUUACUUGCCGUUACUCACAAGAGACAUAGAAGCUGCGCAGGCAGGUAAAAUGAAGCUUCCGAAGCCUCAACCUGUUUAGUAAAGAGAAUUGAGUUUGACUUGGGUGUAAACUUUAUUACUUUGUGAAUGAAUGAAUGUGGGUUAAUGGAUAAAUAUGUGAAAUUUCUGAGAAAGAUAAGUGACAUGGACGAUCCAUGUCCAUAAUGUAUUUAAGUGUACACAGAGAGGAUAAGCUUGAAUGUAAAUGUGGACUAUUUAUUGUAAAUGCUGAGAGUUUGUGAUAUACAUCUACAGUGAUAUCCGGGGCUUCACUACUUUUCAGGUAUUGUGGCGUUUUGAUUUAUUACCUUUUGUUGCCUUGAGAUUCUUUUUCACCAGACAGUUUGCAGUCACUUAAGUUAUCAUUACAGAAACAAACGGAAUUCAUUCAAAAAGUUUUUGGUUUGUAUGUUACUGAUUUCCGCUGAACAUGUCCACACAACUAAAUUUUAAAAACAUUUUGCAUGCUAAAGUUGAAAUUGCAGUUACACAUGUUGAGCGUGGUUGAUACAACACACAUUUCAUUAAUACUGUAUUAAAGCUUGAACUGGCAUUAGUGCAAUUAAUGUUUUUAAUAUGCAGAGGACAUGAAGGAGAAAUAAUUCUGCAAGUUUGUUGCAUUGGACUUUUUCCUGACUAGAAUAAAGCAGGGCUGUAUUGUGUCUGUGAUCCAUUCCAAUA